AUGAGACCAGCGAUGGUGAACAGCAGGGUGGUCGAGGCUCCCGCCGUAGCGGUGAUGGGCGGCGGCGGCGGCGCGGUCGUGGCCAGGAGGCUUUGCGGUGGCUGCGGGGACCGCAUCGCCGACCGCUUCAUGCUCUUCUCCAUGGAGCGCUACUGGCACACGCGCUGCCUGAAGUGCUCCUGCUGCCACGCCCAGCUGGGGGAGUACAGCAGCACCUGCUACAGCAAGGGGGGCAUGAUCCUCUGCAAGAACGACUACAUCAGGCUCUUCGGACACAGCGGUGCAUGCAGUGCUUGUGGCCAGACGAUCCCAGCCAGUGAGAUGGUGAUGCGGGCGCAGGGCAAUGUUUACCACGUUAAGUGUUUCACCUGUGCUACCUGUAGAAACCGGUUGAUGCCCGGGGACCGCUUCCACUACAUCAACGGAACCAUCUUCUGUGAACACGACCGGCCCGGGGGGGGGCUGCUCAGCCACCCCACCUCCCUGAUGCCAGACCAGAAGGUGUGCUGAGGAGAUGAAGAAGAGAAAAAACCCAACACGUGCCUUACCCCCACCCGGCCGGCCCCUCCCCCUCUCCCGUCACCCCCCCCCCACCCCCCCCCAGU